AUGCAUCCAUUCCUUAGAGGAGGGAGCAAUAACAGUCCUGGAGAUUCUGGACUCAUUCUUUCAACAGAUGCAAAGCCACGUCUAAAAUGGACUCCAGAUCUUCAUGAGAGAUUCAUUGAAGCAGUCAAUCAACUCGGUGGAGCAGAUAAAGCAACUCCAAAGACAAUCAUGAAAGUCAUGGGUAUUCCAGGGCUUACCUUAUACCAUCUCAAAAGUCAUCUUCAGAAAUACAGGCUGAGCAAGAAUCUCAACGGACAAGCUAACAGCGGCUUAAACAAAAUAGGUAUGAUGACCAUGAUGGAAGAAAAGACGCCUGAUCCAGAUGAAAUUCAAAGCGAGAGUCUAAGCAUUGGACCACAGCCAAACAAGAACUCGCCAAUAAGUGAAGCACUGCAAAUGCAAAUAGAGGUCCAAAGAAGGCUUCAUGAGCAACUUGAGGUGCAGCGACAUUUGCAGCUCAGGAUAGAGGCUCAAGGGAAGUAUCUGCAAUCAGUUUUGGAGACAGCACAAGAGACUCUUGGAAGACAGAACCUCGGUGCAGCUGGACUCGAAGCUGCCAAAGUUCAACUCUCGGAGUUGGUAUCUAAAGUAUCAUCGGCCGAAUACACAAACUCUGGUUUCCAAGAAACAAAACAAGUUCAACAUCUAUGUCCUCAACAGAUGCAAACAACCUAUCCACCACCUGAUUGCUCUCUAGAGAGUUGCUUGACAUCAAGCGAGGGAGCUCAGAAAACGCUAGAGAACAACAGAGUAGGACUAAGAACAUAUCUUGGGGAUUCAAGAUCCGAGCAGAAAGAGGUGAUUUUGGAAGAACCUCUGUUCCAACGGAUGGAGCUCACAUGGACAGAAGGUCUACGGAGGAAUCCGUAUCUUUCAACAAUGGUUAGUGACGCGGAACAAAGAAUCUCGUAUUCAGAAAGAAGUCUUGGUGGAUUGUCAAUAGGAGUAGGAGGAAUUCACGGACACAGAGGUCAUCAACAAGGCAACAGCAAUGACAAAAGUGAGGAUCAUAAGCUUGAAACACGAAGCACAAAAACAGAGCUAGAUCUUAACACACAUGUCGAAAACUAUUGUACAACACAACAUCCGAAACAGUUCGACUUGAAUGGUUUCAGCUGGAAUUGA